UUUAUUUCGGAAGUAUGUGGAGUUUCCCAUUUGUGCAGAAGCUCAACUGGCAGUUAAAGAAGGGUUUUUCGAUAAAUAUGAAAUUCGUGGUGUGAUUGGAGCCAUUGAUGGUACACAUGUGGAAAUUGUCGCUCCAGCGUCAACAAAUUUCGACGAUCCGCCACAUGUGUACAUUAAUAGGAAGGGCAGACAUUCUAUCAAUGUUAUGCUGAUUGUGGAUUCCAACGGAGUUAUAACAGCCUGUUCGGCAAGGAUGCCAGGAUCAGUUCAUGAUGCUGCGAUCUGGCAUAUGACCUCAAUUCGAAAAUUACUGAAACGCCAGUUUGAGGGAGGUGUGCAGCGGACUUAUUUAAUUGGGGAUAGUGGCUAUCCUUUGGAACCGUGGCUGUUCACACCGUUCCACAACCCACAGAACCCCAAUGAAGUUAGAUUCAACACGUUACUAACGUCGGCGAGGAAUGUUGUGGAACGGGUGAACGGGGUUCUGAAGGGACGGUUUCGGUGCCUACUGAGGCAUCGUACCUUACAUUAUAAUCCCCGGAGGUCAUCCAGAAUUAUAUCCACGUGCUGCAUAUUGCAUAAUUUUGCAGCGCGGCGGAAUAUGGAUGACGUGGACGUCAUGCCUGGCGCGCCUGACGCACCUGACCCAGCUGAACAUACAAUACAAGAAGACCGACAUUUGUUGGAUAAAGGUAAAGAAAUUAGGAAUAGGUAUAUUAUAGAAAACUUUGAAUAA